GGGACCCACUAUAAGGUUUUACCAAGACCUUUAAAGAUGACGAAUGAAAUUAGUUGCCAUUCUAUUGUUUCGCAAUGCGGUUGGUUUUUUUCUGCUUGUGCCCCUUUUUGUGCCUGCAGAUGGUACUGCCCAGACACGUGGGCCACGAUGGAUUCCACAAUAUCGAGAAGGAAAAGCGCUGGAAAAACUGGCCAGCACGUGUGAAACACCACCAUAAACAACAUCACUCCAUCUAAUGGCUGGCGAGGUCGGGAUUGCACGCGAUUGCCUAUGGCCGGUUACAAAAUCGUUCACAGGGCCAUAAUGUCUCGGAUCUCGUCAGACAAUGGGAAGCGGAAACCUUGCUCAUCAUAUCAAUGGAUCACUGCUUAAUUCAGCAUUUUCAAUGUUCAAAUGUGCAAAUAAUAAAUUGAACUACAUUAAUUGUUGCUAGGCAA